AUGGAAAUGACCUACAGUAUCAGUAGCGAAUUGUACCAGCAACAGCAGAAUGCAGCUUUCGCUCGCACAAUAUGCCACACGGAUUGGCAGGUGCGCACAGCAGAGCAACAGGAUGUUGACGUGAAGCCGGCGAAGAUUGGCACCACAGCUUGCAGCUGCAGCUGGCCCAGGCUCAAGAGAGACUUUGGUUUUUGGCUUGCGCCAUGCCAGGCAGAAUGUCUGCAUCACCUUGGGUCGCCUGGGUGUGGUGAGACCCUGACUGGAAACUUUGCCUUGCAGAGCUUCUGGGCCUCGAAGCACUCAGGUCUGUGGACCGCAGAUGGGCAAGAGCUUUCCACAGUUUGCCCGGAUCUGGUGCUUAGUCAUGAAGGACCAGAAGCUAAAGAUCAGAUUCCACUGCAUGGUUCUGCUAUUGCCAGUGCUGCUCCCUGGCUCGAAAAGUCGAAGCUUCGGAAGACGCGAGGAGCAACCCCAAGCGCCCUGCACUUGCAGCUGAAAGCCCUUGUAUACCUGAUUUAG